AUGGCGGCUGCCGUGAUGCCGAGCGUGGCGUCGGAAGCGACAAGGGGCUCCGAGCACGAGGCCGAGUCUGGCCAGGAUGCCACCAGGACAAGGACCUCGCGGGCAGCGCCCUCCCGGGAGCGCUCCCGGCAAGCCUCCCAAGGCUCCCGGGAGCGGUCGGAGAAGGAGAUGGCCACGAGCCGCUCCGCCGGACACCGAGUCAAGAAAAAAGAAGCCUCACCCGCCUCCGGCCUGGCGCGCGGCAUUCGCGGCAUGUUCGGCAUGUUGGGAGUUGCCGAGGUUCCAACCAUACCAUCCCGGUAUUCGGUAACACUGAUCAAAGGCAACCGGGAGGCCUUCUGA